AUGGAGCUGAACGUGUCCUCUGUCGCGGAGAGGAACAAAAGACCAGCGAUGGCUGACAAAGACAAGAAUGGGUGGCAUGCAGAGCCAUCUGUUUUGGAAGACACCCAGAUCUUGUGUAUGGCCAUACUUCUGCUAUCCCACAAGCCCCGGUUCCAGGAGUACUCUACCUCCCAUUCACACAAAGGAAGUGGCUCUGAGGCAGACAGAAGCGGCUCUGAGGUAGAAGGAAGUGGCUCUGAGGCAGAGGGAAGUGGCUCUGAGGCAGACAGAAGCGGCUCUGAGGCAGACAGAAGUGGCUCUGAAGCAGAAGAAAGUGGCUCUGAGGUAGAAGGAAGUGGCUCUGAGGCAGAGGGAAGUGGCUCUGAGGCAGACAGAAGUGGCUCUGAAGCAGAAGAAAGUGGCUCUGAGGUAGAAGGAAGUAGCUCUGAGGUAGAAGGAAGUAGCUCUGAGGCAGAGGGAAGCGGCUCUGAGGCAGAGGGAAGCGGCUCUGAGGCAGACAGAAGUGGCUCUGAGGCAGAGGGAAGUGGCUCUGAGGCAGACAGAAGUGGCUCUGAGGCAGAGGGAAGCAGCUAUGAGGCAGACAGAAGUGGCCCUGAGGCAGACAGAAGCUCUGAGACAGAGAGAAGUGGCUCUGAGGCAGACAGAAGUGGCUCUGAGGCAGAGAGAAGCGGCUCUGAGGCAGACAGAAGCGGCUCUGAGGCAGACAGAAGUGGCUCUGAGGCAGACAGAAGCGGCUCUGAGGCAGACAGAAGUGGCUCUGAGGCAGACAGAAGUGGCUCUAAGGCAGACAGAAGCUCUGAGGUAGAAGGAAGCGGCUCUGAGGCAGACAGAAGCUCUGAGGCACUUCCUUUCCAACAGGAGGAUGAAGCAGAUGGCCCAAGGACUUGA